AUGUAUGAUAUACAUUAUAGAUAUCCAGCUGUUGAAGUAUUACCUUUUCAUAGUGAAGAUGGUCAGAGUAUUGUGUAUAACGAUCAUGAUAAUUUGUGUGAUAUUGUUACUGAUCCAACUGUGAAAAUGACAAUGUUCACAGAGUGGAUGAAUUGUAACAUAGUCGAUGAAUUUGACAGGACAUUGAGCCAAAAUCUCUUAUUAUAUAUAUUGGCUACCGUCAAGAAGGUCGACACUGGCUUUGGCUGGUACUAUAUGACGUGUCCUACGUGUUCACAUGAGGCUUCUCAUGAGGUUGAAGAAUAUAUCGCACCCGAUGACUAUGAUGAUUUUAAGAAAUACGAUGUUUAUGAGUGCUCAAAUUACAAAUGUUAUGAAACUAUUCAACCUGUUCCUAAGUUUAAGAUCAAAAUCGAAGUCAAGGACAACAACGAUUCUAUUUCACUAAUCUUACAUCAUGAGCAGGCUACUCAGCUUUUUAAUAGGACUGCAGAGGAGUUACUGAAACAGAACAUAUUGGAUGUUGACAUUCCCACCUUUCCAAAGGAAAUCAAGUCUGUCGUUGACAAGUUCUUUGCUUUUAAAAUUCCUGUCACUGAGUUAAAUCUGCAAGAGUUCGACGAAGUUUAUGCAAUUACUGCCAUGUCUGACGACCAAUAUCUUAUCUCUGAAAUUAAGAAGAAGUUCAAUAUUGGACAGGAUAGUGGUGAGUACCGAGCAUACACUGACGGGUAUGAGGAGUUGAGUUUACUUUGCCCUACCAUGGUUACCCCACUCGAGAAAGCUAUCGAGAGGUAUAUUGAUGGCUUGCCUGACUCUGUUCAAGACAUCGUCACUGAUUAUUUGGAUCACGGUGACCAAGUUCUCAUAUGUGAGAUUUGUAGUGCUAAAUUGUGGACAUCUGAAGGUGGUAAAGGUCGUAUCACUUUGGAAAAGCUAACUUAUAGUUUGUGCUACGGUUAUGGUAAAGUGGAGUUCCCUGCUUUAAAAGAUGCACACCCGUCUUAUCAAGAUUUGUUUCGUUCCACCAGUGACAAAAGCAAGUUUUUCCUAAAAAACAUUAGACGAUACAAUUCUAUGUUUUCUUUUACAUCGAUGCGUGGAAAGGUUGAUCACAAAAUCAACAAGGGUAACGCUCCAUUCAUUUAUCGAAUAAGUGGGCAAAAUUACCAUUGCAUGGGUAGUCUAAGACCAAGUAAUGGACAACAGCCUAAGUUCUCCCAGCUAUACAUAUAUGAUACUGAAAAUGAAAUUACAAAUAGGCAGACAUUAUUUAUCGAUCCAACCCAGCCGUCAGCGUCUACUGAUAAAGACGUUGAUGUUCAAAUUAUUGAAUAUUUAAGGGAUUCAUUAGAUUCACAAAAUAUGUUGGUUCAGACAUAUAGGAAGGUUCGAGACAAUUUUCAUGGGCCCUCUGAAGCUAACCUUAAACUAAGACUUAUUUACAAAAGAGAUAAAGAUGGUCGGACCUACAAUUUACCGUCCACUUCUGAAGUUGCUGCGUUGAUAGUCGGUGACGUGAAUGAGUCUAUAGAUCAUCGCGAUAUAGUUGUUGAAACUCAAUCUGGAGUUUUACAGCGUAUUAGUGAGUUGCAUCCUUCCUAUCUUGCACUUCAAUAUCCUAUACUUUUCCCAUAUGGUGUUGAUGGCUAUAGGAUUGAUAUUCCCCACAGAGAUUUUAUGUCCACAAAAAAGAAAAUAAAACCAAAGUGUACAAUGAGGGAAUUCUUUGCAUAUAGAAUCCAAGACAGAACGUAUGGGUUUUCAUUAAUUUUAAAUGGAAGAAGAUUGUUACAACAAUUUUUGGUUGAUGCGUACACUAUGAUUGAAAGUGAACGACUAAACCACAUACGCAGGCAACAAAAGAAUCUUCAUUGUGAAUCGUUUGAAAAUCUCAAGAGGCAUAAAGAGGGUGGUUUAGAUUCAUUAUCACAGACCGAGAAGCCCGUUCUUUUAGCUUCUUCAUUUACCGGAGGUUCUCGGUUCAUGCAGCAAAAUUACCUUGAUGCAAUGGCUUUAUGUAAGUGGUAUGGCUACUUGGAUUUUUUCAUAACUAUAACCUGUAAUCCGAAGUGGCCUGAAGUAAAAAGAUUUCUUAAGGAUUCAACCAUUAAAGCUGAAGAUAGGCCUGAUAUAUUGUGCCGAUUGUUUAGGAUGAAGCUCGAUUCUUUAACAAAAGAUCUAAAGGAUUCUAAAUUUUUACGUGAUAUUAAUGUUGUUGUUUAUACAGUUGAAUUUCAAAAACGUGGUCUGCCCUAUGCUCACAUUUGUUUAUUCAUGAAGGCCAAUCACAAACUUCCUACCGUAGAUCAGAUAAACCCCUUUAUUUCUGCUGAGAUUCCAGAUAAAGAUAAGGAUGAAGAUCCUGAACUUUAUUCUCUUGUGACUGAUUAUAUGAUUCAUGGUCCGUGUGGAAAUGUUAAUUUGAACUGUCCUUGCAUGGUUAACAAGAGGUGUUCAAAAAGCUUUCCCAAGAGUUUUACAUCUCAUACAACAAUUGAUUCAAAUGGCUUUCCGAUAUACAGAAGAAGAGAUACCGGGCAUACUGUUUUAAAAUCCGGUGUCAGAUUAGACAACAAAAGUGUUAUUCCAUAUAACAAAAUCCUUUUAAAAAGAUAUCAAGCACACAUCAAUGUCGAGUGGUGUAACCAAGCUGGUUCAGUCAAGUAUUUGUUCAAGUAUACUAAUAAAGGCCCUGAUAGGGCUACUGCUGUUGUUUAUAGUGAUGGUGAUCAAUGCCAACAAGAGAAGCCAAGAGAUGAGAUCAAGGAAUAUUAUGAUUGUAGGUACAUAUCCACCUGUGAGGCAACUUGGAGAAUAUUUUCAAACGAGGUUCAUUAUAGGUAUCCCGCUGUUAUGAGGCUGCCCUUUCAUUUACCUGGUCAACAUAAUAUUGUUUAUGGUGCAGAUGAUGACAUUGAUAAUGUUCUAAGUAAGCCUUCUGUUGCUUCUUCAAUGUUUAUGCAAUGGAUGGAGUUGAACGAAAACGAUGUGGCUGCUCGAAAGCUGGCAUAUAUUGAGUUACCUUUCUAA